GUGUCACCAUUUAUUACAUAUAAUAGCAUGAGAUAUCACCAUACAGGGAAACCCGCAUGGAUCACAUGGCUACACCAAUGAGGAUGGAGGAGGACUGGAGUCACAUGACUGAGAGGAUACUAAACCUCACCCUGGAGAUCAUCUAUCUUUUGACCGGAGAGGAUUCUGGGAUUCUAGCAUGAUAUUCCUAUUGGUUCCUCAAUACAGAGAUUUCCUCUUCUGAAGUCAGGUGAUCAUAUGACCAUCACAGUGCCUCCAUGUGACUCCCUAAAUCCUGAGAGACACAACAUGCAGAAGAUUCUAGAAGUCACCAAGAAGAUGAUGGAGCUGCUGACAGGAGAGGUUCCUAUAAGGUGUCAGGGUGUCACUGUCUAUUUCUCCAUGGAGGAGUGGGAGUAUUUAGAAGGACACAAGGAUCUCUACAAGGACGUCAUGAUGGACAAUCAGCCGCCCCUCACAUCACCGGAUGGAUCCAGUCAUGGGAACACACCAGAGAGAUGUCCCCGUCCUCUGUAUUGCCGGGAUUCCACACAGGAAGGUCACACCAUCCCUCACCAUUACAACGGUGAAGAUCUGAUAGAUAUAAAAGUUGAGGUGAAAGUAGAAGAAGAAGAGGCGUAUGUGAGGGAUGAUCAGCAGUCUAUGGAGGAGGAAGGAAUAACGGGGACAUUUAUAGAGGAGGACACUCCUACAGAGAUCAGCACAGUUACAUGGCCGGGAGAUGAGGAAAAACUCCGAGGAUUGUCUCACUUUGUCUCCAGACUGGGAAAGUAGGAAGAUGAGGACAUCACCACAUAGUAUAGUCCAGGAGAAAACCCGGCUCCCUCCAAUGUCCA